AUGCGAGUUUGCCGCCCUGUUUCGUGCCGUGUCCUCCCCUCCCCGCCCCCCCCCCUCUUCUUUCCUCUCCCCUCUUCCCCCCCUCUUUUUCUCUUCCCACCCUCUUCCUCCACCCUCUCCCCGCUCGCCCUCGUUACAAUCACGUGCGCCAGGCGUGGAGGUGAAGCAGGGCGAGCCAAUCGUGCUGUCCUCGGGGCUGACUGUCCCCUCAACAAACGCGUGCUCGUGCGAGUCAGGGUGCUAGCAACGCGCGAGGAGGAGGGGGAGGAAGGGGAGGAGGGGGAGGAGGGGGAGGAGGAGGGGGACCAUGUAGCGUCCGAAAAGGCAGGGAAGGCAGAGGGAACCCCGAAGGGCAAGGGAAGCCCGGGGGGGAAGGCGAGUCCGGGGGGAGGUAAGGAGAGUCCUGCAAGCGGAAAGGGGAGCCCUGCUAGCGUUAAGGGCAGCCCUGGGAGCAGCAAGAGUGGCUGCGCCGUCAACGGCUGCUGUGAGCCCAAGGGCAAGAGCCAUAGUCACGGAGCCUGGGCUGGUGCGGCUGCUCCUGGUGCUGCGGCGGAUGCUAGCCGUCCGAUCAUGAUCUGCUCGCUGACGGCGGGCGGCGCCAUGGAAUGCUGUCCGUUGGAUCUGAUGAUGGACGAGCCGUUUGAGAUCAGCCUGGUGGUGGCUGGGGAGGGAGAGGGGGCAGCAGGAGAAGGAAAGUGCUCAGUGCAUUUGUCAGGGUAUUACAUGGCUGAGGGGGUGAUGGGGGGGGAGGAGGAAGGGGAGGAGGGAGAGGAGAGCGAGGAGGAUGAUGAGGAAGGAGAAGAGGUGGAUACGGACGAGGAAGACGCACACCUUGCUGACCUGCCGUUGGAGUGGCAGAGGGCGCUUAUAGGAGGCAGCGAUGAGGAUGAUGGGGACGAGGUUGAAUUCGGCGACAGCGAGGAGGAGGAUGAUGAGGAUGAUGAUGAGGAGAUGGAGGGCGUGGUGCUGGCAAACAGCAGUCAAACCGGAGUGCGUAUAGUAGAGAUCACGGACGAGAAGCAGGGAGCAGGGAAGGCGGCUGUAGCCGCUCUUCCCAGUGGGGAGCCCGUGGUUCAGGAGGCGGGUGCUACAGCCGGUGCUGGUAGCAGUGCCAAGGGGAAGAAGGGGCAGCAGGAGAAGGGUAAGGAGCAGGGGAAGGGGAAGGGGCAGGGGCAGGGAGUAGCAGCGGCAGGGGCAGCGGCAGGGGCAGCGGCAGGGGCGGCAGGGGCGGAGAAGAGGAAAGGAGAGGCGGGUGCAGCAGGAGGGGAAGCAGCAGCAGCGGCACCACCGGGGAAGAAGAGCCGUCUGGCUGAGAAAAAGUAA